AUGCAUCGGCUCCUCACCUUUUUCUGCCUCCUGACAGUCACAGUAUCACAGGACAAUGACAAGGUCAUAGGUGGGGAGGAGUGUCGUCCCCACUCCCAGCCAUGGCAGGUGGCACUCUUCGAAGGGAGUCGCUUCAACUGUGGGGCUUCCCUCAUCUCCAACCAGUGGGUGCUCACUGCAGCCCACUGCAACACAGGCAAGAUACGGGUCCGGCUUGGGGAGCACAACCUCCGUUUGUGGGAUGGAGUAGAGCAGCUGCGGGGAGUGGCCUACGCUUUCCCCCACCCUCGCUAUGAGAAACGUGGCCACCACGAUGACAUCAUGCUCCUACGCCUCAACCGACCGGUCUGCCUCUCGAACAGUAUCCGGCCCGUGGCCCUGCCCACCCGCUGUCCCCGGCAAGGGGAGCAGUGCGUGGUCUCUGGCUGGGGUCUGGUGGCUGAAUUCAAAAAUGGUGGCCAAGGUGCCCAGGGAGACCGAGCUGCUGCACCCAAAGUGAAGCUCCCAAACACUCUGCACUGCGCGAACAUCAGCAUCCUCCCGACUACUUCUUGUAACACGGACUAUCGAGGGCAGGUGACAGAUACCAUGGUGUGCGCCGGCGUGGAGGGAGGAGGCACUGAUUCAUGUGAGGGUGAUUCAGGAGGACCUCUGGUCUGUGGGGGAGCUCUGCAGGGUAUCGUCUCAUGGGGUGAUGUCCCCUGUGAUACCACGACCAAACCAGGGGUCUACACCAAAGUGUGCAAAUACUUGGGUUGGAUUCGGGAUGUAAUGCGGAAGAACUGAGCAGGAUCUGUGCUCAUUGGCAGCUGUUCAUACUUCCCCUUUGGACUCCCUGGGACUUCUUCAUGUCAUGGAGCAAGACAGAAAUCUGACCCCUUCAACUUCCGGUCCAAAGAAUUGGAGAUCGACCAAGAAAAAUGCUUCACUUUGAGAACCUGGAGCUCUUCCCUAAGAUUCUGUCCAAAGUUACCAUGUA